GUCCUCAAAAAAUAAAAUAAAUAAAUGAUAAAUAAAUUGGGAUUUGCUUCUUUGUUUAAACGUUGGCUCUUACCAGAAUACGUGACAGGGAGGUAAGCUCCUUUGCCUACUAGAGGGUUUUAUUUUGGAAGUUUGAUUCCGGCAGUCUUUCUCUCUGGCUCUCCUCUCUGUGGUCAUAAUGGAGUAGAUUGGAUUGUUGGCGGAUGAGGGCGCUUCACCGCCAUUUGAAACACAGAGCUACGUCGCGUGUGUGUAUCUGUAACGGAGUAGCAGAUAAGACAACAGUCCUUACUACGAAGGCUACACAGACAUUGGGUCAUGGUAAAAUCGUGAUCGGAGAGAUCUAACUGGGCCAAGCAGGCUGAAGUGAAGAAGCAGGACUUUUCGUGGCUGUUGGUGCUCACGCUGGCCAUCCGAUGACCAAGUUCUGAAAAGUCGAUCUGCGCUGUCUUUGCAGUUUUUCAGCUCGAGACUACGAAAUAACAUCAUGGCUGUCUUGUCCUCUUCCUCCAAUAUCCUGCUCCUUCUCCUAAUUUCUUUCCUGGAUUGGCUGUCGACUCAAGGAUCUGCAUUUAUCAUGGGCCGGGACCACGCGACGUCAUCAGCUCCCGUUGAACCUCACAUCACAGAGUGCAUAUCGAGGAACCAGGAGACGUUCCGAUGUUGGUGGAGUCCAGGGAGCUUCCACAACCUGUCCUCCCCUGGAGCACUCAGAGUUUUCUACCUUAAGAAAGUCUUGCCCACCAGUGAAUGGAUAGAGUGUCCAGAGUAUAUUUAUUCAAAUAGGGAGUGCUUCUUUGAUGUAAACCACACAUCCAUUUGGGUCCCCUACUGCCUGCAGCUCCGCAGCCAAAACCACACCUAUUUCAAUGAGGAUGACUGUUUCACUGUGGAGAAUAUCGUACGUCCUGACCCACCAGUGUCUUCAAACUGGACCCUGCUGGAAAUAAGUCCCUCUGGGCUAAGUUAUGAUGUCAUGGUCAACUGGGAGCCCCCACCCUCUGCAGACGUUGAGAUGGGCUGGAUGCGCAUUGAGUAUGAGAUCCAGUACAGAGAGAGAAAUACCACAAACUGGGAAGCAUUGGAGAUUCAGCCGCACACACAGCAGACAAUCUACGGUCUGCACAUAGGAGAAGAGUACGAAGUGCACAUCCGCUGCAGGAUGCAGGCCUUCACUAAGUUUGGAGAGUUCAGCGACUCCAUCUUCAUUCAAGUGACUGAGAUUCCCAGCAAAGAGUCUACUUUCCCACUCACACUGGUUCUUCUUUUCGGGAUUGUGGGCAUCCUCAUAAUUAUCAUGCUUAUUGUCGUCUCUCAGCAGCACAGAUUGACGUUGAUUCUUUUGCCACCGGUUCCUGCACCCAAAAUUAAAGGCAUCGAUCCAGAGCUGUUAAAGAAGGGGAAGCUGGACGAGCUGAAUUUCAUCCUGAGUGGUGGAGGUAUGGGUGGCCUACCCACUUAUUCACAAGAUUACUACGAAGGCGAGCCAUGGGUGGAGUUCAUAGAGAUAGUUGCUGAGGAUGCAGAUACUGGAGAGAAGGACAACCAGGGCUCAGACACCCAGAGGCUCCUAUCCCAAGGCAUCAGCCACCACAUGAACAUAAGCUUUCCUGAUGAUGACUCAGGCCGGGCUAGCUGUUAUAACCCAGAUCUGCCUGACCAAGACACCCUAAUGCUGAUGGCCACCCUGCUGCCAGGCCAACCGGAGGACAGAGAAGCCUCCUUCAAUGUUGUAGAAAGAGCCCCAGCCCCAGAAAGAGGCGAGAGGCCCCUGGUCCAAACUCAAACUGGAGGGCCCCAGACUUGGGUCAACACAGACUUCUAUGCGCAAGUCAGCAAUGUGAUGCCCUCCGGGGGCGUGGUACUGUCUCCUGGCCAGCAACUCAGAGUCCAGGAGAGCACCUUAGCCACAGAGGAGAAAACACAAAAGAAAGAAAAAAAACACAAAUGGAGUGAGGACACUGAGGACAAUAAGCAGAAGGAGCUGCAGUUUCAGCUACUGGUAGUGGAUCCAGAAGGAAGCGGCUACACCACAGAGAGCAAUGCCUGGCGGAUCAGCCCUCCCCCUAGCUCCCCCAUGCCUGGCGAGGGUUAUCAACCCAUACACCCUCAGCCAGUGGAGACCAAACCUGCAGCCACAGCAGAGGAUAAUCAGUCGCCUUACAUUCUUCCUGACUCUCCCCAAUCCCAGUUCUUUGCUCCUGUUGCAGACUACACAGUGGUACAGGAAGUGGACAGUCAACACAGUCUGCUCCUCAACCCGCCCCCCUGCCAGUCUCCCCCUCCCUGCCUGCCAGAGCACCCACUCAAGGCCAUACCUGCUAUGCCUGUGGGGUACAUCACCCCAGAACUGCUGGGGAACCUCUCACCCUAAAAUGACAAUGCCAUCAGGCCUUUUAAGGAUCAUGAAGUCCCUAGCAGUCACAAAAGCCUGUUUCUACCUGAUUCCUGCUGGAAACCAAAUAACUUGCAGCACACAGUGUGGAUUAGAGUGUACAGGCAUUUGUUUUCAGAGGGUGCUGAAAAGGCAGAGUUGAAAAGCUACCAAGGUGUAUUCUUGACUCUUUUACAUCUGCUACAUCACUUAAUUUGAUGCAUAGGCAGCCAGAAGUAAACACCACAAACCUGCUCUAUUUGUUGACAUCCAUGCAUAAGACACACACAGAUAGUAGGCUGCGACUGUGAUUGUAAUGAGUCAAAAGGCAUUAGCUUACUGCUAAACUGCGUUGGAUCACAUUACAUAUCUGGCUAAUUGUGUUUAGAGCAAUGGCAUUGUAGAAGUCUUAAUGUUAAAGAGAGAUGUCAGUGUAUGAUUGAUCGGGAGAAGCACAUUCUAGUCAUGUUUUUCACACUACACCAAGAAGAAGCUGUCAUUAAUACCUCUUGCUGGAAGAGAUGUUUUGCCGCUCAAUUGUGGCUUAUUUUGUAUUCUUAUAUUUGUUAUCACAUUGUCAUCUUAUUAGUACUUUAAGGAAAGUCCAACCUAAAAUGCAGUUGAAAACACUACUAUGCAAUUAUACCUUGCAUUCCUGGCUUCAUUUUAUGUAAUGGUAUGCUGUUCACAUUACCAUGAAUAUGUAGCCAAACGUAGAUUAUAUGAUGUCAAGAUAUUUUUAUCUAUCUACAAUAGAGUUUAUUAGAAUAAAUACUUUCAACAACUGAAAAGAACAUACAUUACAAAUGUGCACACACAUACAUAAGUCACUGGGGCAAAAGGCAUUCUGGGAAAUGAAGGAAAUCACUAACUGAAGUAAAAGUAGAGGUGACGAAUAAAAGGGAAAUCAAACCAAUUGAUCUAAUUCCUGGAAUGCAUUGGAUAUUACAGACUGAUAAUACAAUUUGCAGCAUAGAAUCAUUUAUUCCAUUUUAUUCUGACAUGCAUACUGACAUGUUGCUUAGAGUGCUGAACAGCCAUUCUUGUGGUAAGAGGAAUAAUUUAUUCAGAUUCAUUCACAGCUGGGAGCCGCCCAGUACAAACAGUGCUUUGGUAUACUGAGCACCACCAAGUGCCUUGCUCAAGGGCACAUUGAUAUAGUUAUUUCGCAGAAGGGAAGGGACACAGAUACACACCUAGCAGUUAUUGAAUUUCGUCUUUUGACUGCAGCCAAGUCUCACCUUUACAACCAGCACUCACUCAUAUAAACUAAACCUUAAUGAGCAAGCUUUCUACUUAGGAGUUUUCUUCUCAUGUUUCAUCGUUAUUGCAGGGACAGCAACUGGAACAAGUUGAAAGACUGUGAAAGUAUUUAAAAGAUGUAAUUAGCUAACAUUUUAUAGUUACUUAAGUACACGUUAUCAACCUGUGCCUAUGAUAAUGUUAUUGGCUUGCCAUUUCUGUGCUAGGAUUUGUGCAUUUAUGUAUUGCUAUGUACAGGCAAGUGCUGCUAUGUAUAGGUGAAUUGUUGUAAAGCCUCUCUGUUCAUAGAUCCAUGACUAAAAACCUGCACGUGCACGAACACAGUAACAUACAUGCAUAAGCACACACUACAUCAAAAACAUUUGCCUUAAUUGAUAUUUAAUGUUGCCUUCCUGACGUAGUCAUAAAUAAUGAGCUGAAAAUUGUCGAAGAAAAUAGUUGCAAGGGUAAAAAUGUCCUUAAACCGUCACUUGCACAUUUCGGAUCAUGCUCAUAAAGCUGACCACAAUUUCCAAACCAAAAAUGUUGUUCAGGGCUAGUGCUGAAAGACUUUAAAUUUCAAGUGGCGGUUUGAUAGAGCGACAGAUACAAUUUUGAGUAUUUUUGGUCAGGCAUACUAGGUAAUAUGUGGGUAAUUAGGCAUGGAUUCCUAGUUACUUUGCACCCAUACUUUUCUUAGAAUAACCACAUUUAGGACAAAACCUUGGACAGAAUCUGUUGCUUAAUUAUUUAUUUAGUCAGAUUAGCUUGUGGUGUAAGCUUGCCCUUGGUUCAUUGACCGUAUAUGCUUUUUUAUAAUGGCCUGUGUGGGUGAGAGGGUAGCAGAGGAAACCUGUUGUCAGGUUUUUAGGCUCCUCAUAUGUUUUCAUCCUAUGAAUUCUAUCAUAAAGACUUUUACAAUAUGCCAAUAACAAACACAGCAGCAUUGCAUAUUGUAUACAAUAAGCUGUCUAAGCUUAGGCUAAUAGAGGUUGUGCGAUAUAUGUAUGGUUUUGUGAUGCAACAUAAUUAAUUUUCAUUACAGCGAGUCUAUAAUUGAGUCUGAAGUAUUGUUAUUGUGUAACAUCAAGGCAGCCUCCAAAUGAGCACAACACAGCAAAACAUACUUCACCGUGCAAAGGAAACACAUCCUGCCUUUGAACUGUGUUGCUGUGGAAUCCUCCUUAAGAUAAACAGGCUAAGCAGAUAGAAUAGGUAUUUUGUAUUAGACAAUCCAAUGAAGAAGAGAGACAAAGUAAGAGCCAUAAAAUGACAAUUUUUAAAACUGUGAAUAUGAUAGAUAUGUGCCAUUUUUCUCUUUCUGUCUCUCAGAGCUCAGUGUCCUGUUGUUUCUGCCUAGUGCUGAUGAUACCAGCAAUGCAAUGCAAUGCUGUUGCAGAAAUGUCUUAAUAUAUUUGCUAGUGCUGUAAAAUUACAAGUAUAUAUAUUUUUAUGUCAAUAAUGUUACUAAUCACAAUAUGUUGCUGCUCGGUACAUGUAUAUUUCCUGCAUUUAGCCUUACUGUAGUGGGAAGGGGUCAUUCAAGAGAGUGCAACAAUCUCUGUAUUGUGUGUAUGUUUGGUGAUAAAACCUUCAAAUUGAAUGAUACUGAAAAUGUUUUGCCUGGGAGAAAUGGGAAGGUUUGGUUCAGCUAUCUGAUCAGUCAUCAGGA